GGGAAGGGAAGGGAGGGGGCGGCGGUGCCCAGCCCCGGCGGCGGCGGCGGGGAGCGGGGCGGCUGCGCGCUGCCGCGAGCCGAGCGGAGCGGAGCGGCGCCGCGCUGCCGCCAGCCGCCGGCCCCUUCCCGGCCGCCUCCCGCCGCGGGGAGCCCCGGGGGCGGCGGGGCGGCGGCGGGCGGCGGAGCCCGCGCGCCCCGUCGCGGCUCCCCCCGCGGGAAGAUGCGGAGCAAAGGCAGGAGCGAGAGUCUGUCCGACUCGCGGGACCUGGACGGCUCCUACGACCAGCUCACGGGCAACCCGCCGGGCCAAACUAAAAAAGCGCUGAAGCAGCGAUUCCUCAAACUGCUGCCCUGCUGCCGGCCCAAAUCCAUCCCCUCGCUCAGCGAAAGCAACGUUGAAGAUGAGUUUGAGCUCUCCACCGUCUGCCACCGCCCCGAGGGGCUGGAGCAGCUCCAGGAGCAGACCAAGUUCACCCGCAAAGAGCUGCAGGUCCUGUACCGAGGCUUCAAGAACGAGUGCCCGAGCGGCAUCGUUAAUGAAGAAAACUUCAAGCAGAUCUACUCACAGUUCUUCCCGCAGGGAGACUCCAGCACGUACGCCACUUUCCUCUUCAACGCCUUCGACACUGACCACGACGGCUCCGUCAGCUUCGAGGACUUCGUGUCUGGGCUGUCCAUCAUCCUGCGGGGCACCAUCGACGACCGCCUGAACUGGGCCUUCAAUUUGUACGACCUGAACAAAGACGGCUGCAUCACCAAAGAGGAAAUGCUGGACAUCAUGAAGUCCAUCUAUGACAUGAUGGGCAAAUACACCUACCCAGCCAUGCGGGAGGAAGCGCCCCGGGAGCACGUGGAGAACUUCUUCCAGAAAAUGGACCGAAACAAAGAUGGGGUGGUGACGAUCGAGGAGUUCCUGGAGUCCUGCCAGAAGGACGAGAACAUCAUGCGAUCCAUGCAGCUCUUCGACAACGUGAUUUAGCUCCCAGACCUGCCUCCAGCUGAGCUCUCCUGCCGCCGGGCCCAGACCCUGCUUCUCUCUCGACUUGUCCUUCGAGCCUCCCCGCCGCCGGCUGCCCAGAUGCCCCGGAGGGAAGGGGCCCUGCUCCCGGAGACGCGGGCGGUGACGGGCUGCUCCCUCCCCCCUGGGCCGGCCCCGCUUUCCGCGGGGGACCCCAAGCAGGCGCUCCCGGGCAUCAGAGCGUGGGCACAGCCGGCGCAGGGCAAGCGUCGGGCCCAGAUGGACCUCCCGCACCCGCUCCCCGGAGGGGAAGAAGCGGUAGAGAAGGCUUCUCCCAUGCACAGCGUCCCGUGUAGCCACGGCUCCCGCGCCCCGUCGCCCUCCCCAGCCCCGGGAGCCCCAGCCGAAACCCUCCAGUGCCACCGUCUAGGAACCAGUCAAGAGUCUGCAAGGGGCAUCAGCGCAACCUCAACCUCCCCCUCCUAUUUGGGGGGUGCCGGCACCCAGGGGACCUUGGGGACCCGGUUUGGGGCUUGAGGCACCCUUCCCACCCCUCCUUGAGGACACGGCAGCCAGGGCAUGGGGCCAAGAGGAGGAGGAAGGAGCGCAGGGCUCCAGUGGUCACCCCGGUCCUUGGGCCACAGGGCCAGGCUGCCGGCAUCAUUUGCAGCACGGCCAGUUGUGUCAGGGCAGAUGUCUUCUGCCUAUUUUCUGCUGCCUGUGCCCAUGCCCUGGCCCGGGGGGGGGGGGGGGGGGGCAUGUUGUCCAUCUCUCAGUCCUGUUCCCAGCAGGAGCACAGGUGUCCCGCUCCUUACCUCUUCCAUCUCCCUCCCUCCUCCCAGGGCCCUCUGGGGUACCAAUCGCUCCCCCACCACGCGGCGCGGGUGCCGUCCCCCCUCACGCUGCAGGUCGCAUGGCGUGUGACCCCCACCCACCCCAGGGCAUGGUGACCCACAACCCGCUUGGCAUCUCCAGUCUGUAUAUUUUGUAUUAUAACAAUAAUAUGAGUUAAAAAAAAAAACAAAAAGACAAUAAAAUCUAACCACAAUCGCUAUGCA